CAGUUCUAACGAGAUUUCAUUCAUUAGAUUAUUAUUUGAGUUAUAUUUUAUCAUUGUAAUCACUUUGAAACCAACAGAGCUAAUAUCUGCGUUCAGACUGUUUUUAUUUCAAACGUAGUCAGCUGUUUGUAAAGGAAGAAUCCAACAUGGCGGAUACCAACUGAAGAAGAAGAAGAAGAAGGCGUAAACCGGACGUUUUACGCGGUGACGCAGUUACGUACAAGAGGAAAUGUAGUUUUCGGCAGCAGCGUCUCUUCGUUGUGGCGAGGUCAUGUUUCUCCAGAAUGAACCCGGUCCGCAAACGCCUCAGACUCAGCCCGUCCAGAACCGCCGUGCGCAACGACACCAGCUCCACCGCCCAGAGCCUCAGACCGCCAUGCUCUGGUCCUCAGCUCCUCUCCCAUGAUGCUUCGCUGCUGCCACCUCCCGCUGCUCCGGCUGGAGUCGGAGCUCAGGAGGAGGAGGAGGAGGAGGGUUACCUGCUGGUGCAGGAAGACACCACCGACUCCAGCCUCAUCAUCACCAUGGAGGACAGUCAGGUGGAGGUGAAGGCAGUGAGGAGGAGAGCAGUGAGGAAGAAGAAGAGGAGGCGGACAGAUGAGGAGGGGGGCGGAGCCUCAGAGAGCGAGGAGGAGGAGGAGGAGGAGGAGGAGGCGGCAGCAGGGGUAGAGCUGGAGAUUGACAGACGGCUGGACCAAUCACUGGAAACAAAAUCCAAACAGCACAACCUGACCACAGUGAAUGUCAGAAACAUCAUCCACGAAGUGAUCACCAACGAACAUGUGGUGGCCAUGAUGAAAGCCGCCAUCAACGAGACCGAGGCCGUCCCUCCAUUUGAGCCCAAAAUGACUCGAUCCAAGUUCAAAGAAGUGGUAGAGAAAGGAGUGGUGAUUCCAGCCUGGAACAUUUCACCCAUCAAGAAGACCAGUGAUGUUAACAAGGCUCCUCAGUUUGUGGACAUCCCUCUGGCUGAAGAAGACUCCUCUGAUGAAGAGUACCAUCCUGAUGAGGAAGACGAGGACGAGACAGCUGAAGAUACGUUCCAGGAGAGCGACAUGGAGAGCACAGCUUCGUCUCCGAGAGGGAGUCGUCUGAACAGAAUGGAGGAGGACAGCUGUAGCCCCUGGCAGACUUCUCGGAGCCGCUCCAGGCGCCUGAGGGCGGGGUCUGUUGCAAUGGGACCUCCCCCUCCUCCAAAAGCCCCGGCCCCUAAAGUGACUGACAGCACCUUCCUGGAGAAACUUCAUGCUGUGGAGGAGGAGCUGGCUGUGUGUAUGGAGCCUUACCAGCCUCUGUCUGAGUCAGAGGACGAGGUCGGUCUAAUGGCGUACCGGACGAGGUCCAAGCGUCCAUUACGUGAUGUCCCGCUGGGCCGGCUGGAGGCGGAGCUCCGAGCUCCUGACAUCACACCUGACAUGUACGACUCCAGUUCCACCCACGAGGACAGGGAAUGGACUGAUUGGCUGAGAGGCCUGAUGACCUCAGACAUGGACAAUGAAGAGGAGUGUGACGAUGAAGAUGAUCCAGAAUAUAACUUUCUGGCCGACAUUGAUGAACCUGACCAGGAGGAUUACCGUGAUGACAAGGCUGUCCGCAUCACCAAGAAGGAGGUGAAUGAACUGAUGGAGGAGUUGUUUGAAACGCUGAAAGAAGACCUGGCGGGACAGGAAGUGGAAGAUGAAGGCCAUGAGGAAGAGGAGGAGGCUCUGGAGGAGACUCACACUGUUCAAACACACACACCUGAGGAGCAGCACAAUACCGGGCUGGGCGAUGACGAGGUGGACGACGGACCAAUCACAGAGCUGCGUACAGUGAAGCAGCAGCUGGAGUUCAUGAAGAAAAGACGACAGCUCGGCCUGCAGACACACACACUGUGUAACACACACACACACAGUCCGGAGCCGUACACACUGAAACUGGACGGACGACAGCGGAGCCGACUGCAGCAGCAGCUACAGCAGCACGUGCAGCUGUUGACUCAGGUUCACCUGUUGAGCUCACCUGUGGCCAAACUUCACAGCGAGGCUGAGACCACCAGACAGUUCCUGUUUGAGUUGGACCUGUUGGCUCAGAGGGGAGAGCUGCUGAUGUCUUCAGGUUGUCCUGGUUUCUGCAGUGUCUUCAGAGCCUCCAACCUGCAGGGGGCGCUGCAGCUGCUGGAGGAGCUGAGACUGACUCCCAUCAGCUACCGGCCGCAGCACCACCCGCCAGACGCCAGAGGACACAUGCGUUGUUACCCCGUCAUGCCAGCUGAACUGGCCUGGCUCUUUGCCACCCGUCCGGUCUUCCUGUACCCUGAGCUGCUGCCCUGUGCCAGUCUGGACCCGGCUCUAUACUGCCCCCGCAGGACGGCCGCGUUCACUGCAGCUGAGGACUGCCUGCUGGUUCUGGGUCUGAGGAACAUGGAGGGCUCAUCUGAUCCCACUAAACUGGUCUCUCAGUUCCUGCUGAGGAAGACUCUGGUCCAAGUCCGGCGAAGAAUCCUGCAGUGCUGCAGACCUGGUUUCCCUGACAACAUCGUCAAGGCCUUCCGGUACCAGCGGGUGUUGCAGCCGAUGUUGGUUGCGUGCCGUCCUGUUGAUCCGGCGGAGCGGCGCCCCCCAGUGGAGAGGGAGGAGCAUGUCCUGCCUCUGUGGCUGCUGCGGAGUCUUCCUGUCAUCUACCCGACCAUCAAACACUAUAACAGCCUCUUUGACUCUGCUACCGAGGCCCUGCCCCCCUGCAGGUCAGGUGGGGCCCGUCAGAGUCACCUGACCUUCCUCCGCUGUGCCUCCCACACCUAUAGCUUCUCCCCCGGGACCAGAUACCCCCACGCCUCCCCAAACACCUCGACUUCAAACGCAUUGGCUUCCUGCAGCUGCACCAGCCCCUCCCCCUCGUAA